AUGUCGGGAGCACGACCAUUGUCAGGCGUAAACGUCUACCAAUUCAAUCAUCUGUGUGCUGUGGAUCUGAGUGCUUUCAUAGAUCGCUAUGCCGACGGGUCGUCUCAUCAUACAAAGCUGAUCGUCUCAUCACAGAAAGCGAGUAGUAUCAUUACACAAGAGUCGUCUCAUCAUUCAAAGCGGGUCGUCUCAUCAUUCAAAGCGGGUCGUCUCAUCACACAAAGCGGAUCGUCUCAUCACAGAAAGCGGGUCGAGUCGUCUCAUCACAGAAAGCGGGUCGUCUCAUCACAGAAAGCGGGUCGUCUCAUCACACAAAGCGGGCCGUCUCAUCACAGAAAGCGGGUCGUCUCAUCACAGAGAGCGAGUCGUCUCAUCACAGAAAGCGGGUCGUCUCAUCACACAAAGCGGGUCGUCUCAUCACUGAAAGCGGGUCGUCUCAUCACACAAAGCGGGUUGUAUCAUCACAGAAAGCGGGUCGUCUCAUCACUGAAAGCGGGUCGUCUCAUCACAGAAAGCGAGUCGUCUCAUCACAGAAAGCGGGUCGUCUCAUCACACAAAGCGGGUCGUCUCAUCACUGAAAGCGGGUCGUCUCAUCACACAAAGCGGGUUGUAUCAUCACACAAAGCGGGCCGUCUCAUCACAGAAAGCGGGUCGUCUCAUCACAGAGAGCGUCUCAUCACAGAAAGCGGGUCGUCUCAUCACACAAAGCGGGUCGUCUCAUCACUGAAAGCGGGUCGUCUCAUCACACAAAGCGGGUUGUAUCAUCACAGAAAGCGGGUCGUCUCAUCACUGAAAGCGGGUCGUCUCAUCACAGAAAGCGGGUCGUCUCAUCACAGAGAGCGAGUCGUCUCAUCACAGAAAGCGGGUCGUCUCAUCACAGAGAGCGAGUCGUCUCAUCACAGAAAGCAGAAAGCGGGUCGUCUCAUCACAGAGAGCGAGUCGUCUCAUCACAGAAAGCGGGUCGUCUCAUCACAGAGAGCGAGUCUACUCAUCACAGAAAGCAGGUCGUCUCAUCACACAAAGCGGGUCGUCUCAUCACUGAAAGCGGGUCGUCUCAUCACAGAAAGCGGGUCGUCUCAUCACACAAAGCGGGUCGUCUCAUCACAGAAAGCGGGUCGUCUCAUCACAGAAAGCGGGUCGUCUCAUCACACAAAACGGGUUGUAUCAUCACACAAAGCGGGUCGUCUCAUCACAGAAAGCGAGUCGUCUCAUCACAGAAAGCGGGUCGUCUCAUCACACAAAGCGGGUCGUCUCAUCACAGAAAGCGAGUCGUCUCAUCACAGAAAGCGGGUCGUCUCAUCACAGAAAGCGGGUCGUCUCAUCACACAAAACGGGUCGUCUCAUCACAGAAAGCGAGUCGUCUCAUCACACAAAGCGAGUCGUCUCGUCUCAUCACACAAAGCGGGUCGUCUCAUCACAGAAAGCGAGUCGUCUCAUCACAGAGAGCGAGUCGUCUCAUCACAGAAAGCGAGUCGUCUCAUCAAAGCAUACUGCCUAAUAUUUGAUUAA